AUGACAGACACCCGACGAAGAGUGAAACUAUAUGCUCUGAAUGCUGAUCGGCAAUGGGACGACAGAGGAACAGGCCAUGUAUCAUCAUGUUAUGUCGAGAGAUUGAAAGGUACCUCGCUAUUAGUAAGAGCAGAGUCCGACGGUUCUCUUCUUUUAGAGAGUAAAAUACAACCAGAUACAGCCUAUCAAAAGCAGCAAGACACAUUGAUAGUAUGGUCAGAAGGAGAUAAUUUUGAUUUAGCCUUAAGUUUCCAAGAAAAAGCUGGCUGCGAUGAAAUAUGGGAGAAAAUCUGUCAGGUACAAGGGAAAGAUCCAUCAGUUGAGAUCACACAAGAUAUAGUGGAGGAGUCUGAAGAUGAACGAUUUGAUGAAAUGUCAGAUAGUGUGCAACCAGUGGAACUACCAGCUUGUGAAAUGGGACGUCUAGAAGAUAUUAGUGAGCUAGUUAAUAGUUGUUUGGUAUCACCGGCGAGAAAGGAUAAGCUGGCAGCAGCAUUAGAAAGCCAACACUAUAUCAAGAAACUAUUAAACCUUUUCCGCAUGUGUGAAGACAUUGAGAAUAUAGAAGGCUUGCACCAUCUAUAUGAAAUAUUCAAAAGUAUAUUUCUUCUCAAUAAAAAUACCCUUUUUGAUACCAUGUUUGCUGAUGAUACAAUAUUUGAUGUAGUAGGGUGUCUUGAGUAUGAUCCUAGUUUGCCUCAACCAAAAAAGCACAGGGAAUAUCUACGGGAGCUAGCUAAAUUUCGUGAAGCCAUUCCUAUAAAAAAUCAAGAUUUAUUAGCAAAAAUUCAUCAAACAUACCGAGUGCAGUAUAUUCAAGAUAUAGUCUUACCCACACCCACAGUUUUUGAAGACAAUUUGCUGAGCACAUUGUCUAGUUUUAUAUUUUUUAAUAAAGUUGAAAUAGUGAAACUUAUAGAAGAAGAUGAGAAGUUCUUAACUGAUUUGUUUAAAUUGCUUAUGGAUGACAAAACCCCUAAUUCUAAGAGGCGAGACUUAGUACUAUUUUUGAAGGAAUUUUGCAAUUUUUCACAAAACUUACAGCCACCAGAUAAAGAUGCAUUUUAUAAGACUUUAGUUACACUGGGGAUCCUGCCAGCAUUAGAAAUAACACUAAGUAUAGAUGAUCAGAAGACGAAGACUGCCUCUAUAGAUAUCUUAACAUAUAUUGUAGAGUUUUCACCUUCUGUUGUCAGGGAUUAUACCUUACAACAAGCAAAUAAUACUGAAGAGGAGCAAAUGCUGUUAAACAUUGUAAUUGAACAAAUGCUUAGAGACAGAGACCCUGAACUUGGUGGUGCAGUACAGUUAAUGGGUGUUCUGCGUAUUCUUCUUGACCCAGAAAGCAUGCUUGCAUCAGUCAACAAAAGCGAGAAGGCAGAUUUUCUUAAUUUCUUCUAUAAACAUAGUAUACAAACUCUUAUAGCACCACUGCUUGAAAACACAACAGGUGAGAAGCCCCUCAAAGAAGAUUAUCAUACAGUUCAGCUACUGGGGCUUGUGUUAGAGCUUCUUGCCUUUUGUGUUGAACAUCACACAUACCAUAUCAAAACAUGCAUAUUGAAUAAGGAUUUACUUCGUCGCAUAUUGGUGCUUAUGAGGUCAACACACACCUUUUUGGUGCUUGGCGCGUUAAGGUUCAUGAGGAAAAUAAUUGCUCUAAAAGAUGAAUACUAUAACAGAUACAUCAUCAAGGGAAAUCUUUUUGCACCAGUCAUAGAUGCUUUUCUUAGAAAUAAUGGCAGGUACAACUUAUUAGAUUCAGCUAUUUUAGAAUUAUUUGAAUUCAUUAAGUUGGAAGACAUAAAGUCACUUUGUUCACAUGUUGUGGAAAACUAUGGAAAAAUCUUAGAAGAUGUUGAAUAUGUACAAACUUUUAAAGCUUUAAAAACCCGUUAUGACCAACAUCAGGACAAAUUGAAGGAAAGAGACAGAGUUAGUGGCAGCGUGGCAGUGGCGGAGGCGGUGGUACCGUCGUUGCUGCGCACGCGGUACAGACGCGAGGCGCGCACGCCCGACGACGAGGAGGAGAUGUGGUUCAAUGACGAAGACGAGCUCGAAGACGAAGCGCCGCUCGACUCAGCGCAGCCACACGCGCACGCGCACCAUGCGCUCGACGCCAUUGGUAAAAUAGUAGAAAAAAAAGUGUGCUCGAAUACAGAGACAGUGAAUGGACCUAGCAGAGUACUACUCAGUACAACAGUCGCCAGCAAGCCUACGCACACUGAUGUUCAGGUAUCCUCGCCCAGAUUACUCGAUAAGGGUCUCGUAGACUACGACGGCGAUUCUGACGAGGAGGAAGAGGGCGGCGGCGGUGGGAGUGGGGGCAGUAGUAGUGGCGGAAGUGGGUCGGAUACAAGCGAAGAGCGCGACGCGAAGCGGCCCCGCUUAGCGUAG